UUUGAAGAAUAAUUUCGCAAUUUCUCCAAAAUUUAAUAAAAUAAUUAAUUCACUUAAUUAUAGUGCAUUAAAAUAGAUACUGUUUAAUUCAGAAGAAGUAGAAUUAAGUGAGUUUUGUGGAGUCAUUGUCGGUUUGUUACAGUGUGCAUUAAUCCCCCUAAAAAUCUGAUUGUAUUAUUUGAAGAAAGCAAAACAUAAGAAUUGAAAAUUUAUAAAAAUCAUCAAUUUUCCUAUUAAAUAGGUCUUAUUUUUCAAUAAUACUAGAAUUCCACGCAAUGAUAAAUAAUGGCAUCUGCCAAACUACAUGAAAAUGUCGAACUUGAAAGCUUUCUGGUUACCAAACAUUCAGCUUGGAAGGGAAAGUACAAGCGAAUUUUAACGAUUGGUAGUCAAGGAAUCGCGACUUAUAAUCCUGACAAAUUCGAUUUGACGAAUAGAUGGCCUUAUCAGGAUGUGAUAAGCGUUGCUCCCAACAAAAAUGGAAGUAAUUCCAACGAGUUCAUAAUUACGCUUAAAAAGGAGAAGAAGAUUGAUACAAUUAGGUUCUCGUCGGAAUUUAGGAAUGAUGUUCUCACUGCUUUAUUAAAGUUUCAUAAAGAGUUUGCUGAACGUCCACGACAUGGACAGAGAUUUAAUGCUAGAAAGCAUCAUUGGUCAGGCGUAAAAUUACCAGUUACUCUUGAAGUCACUCCAUGUUCCUUAGAUCAAUUAGAUCCAGCGACAAAUACGAUUUUCGCAAGUUACAAUUAUAAAGAUAUUGACGGCAUUAUAGGCAUUCAAGAUGUUGAAGGUGGAAUUGUUCUCGCGUAUGGUGGACACAGUAGAUUACAUUUAUUCAUGGCACUUAAUCAUCAUGAAAUUAUACAAAAUAUUGUCCAACAAAGUAAUCAGUUUUUGGCAUUAGACAUCAAAGUUCUUCCCACUCAAAUUACUUUAAAUCAAUUCGAGCGUGAACGUUUUGGCGAAUUUCAGAGUGAUUUACAUCAAACGUCAUUGUCUGAAUUUACUGUGAGGAAAAUAUCACCGCGUCAUAUCGAACCACCAAAAAGAUUCUUAUGUUUAACUGAAACCACUUUACUUGAACGAGAUCCACAAACUUACAAUAUAUGCACGUUGAGACCAUUAAAAGAAAUCUUUGCAUUAACUCGUAAUUCCUCAAACAUUCAAGUGUUCGGAAUUGAAUAUAAGAAUGGUGACAUUCGGACUUAUUCAACAAAUGAUCGAGAUUCACUUCUUGCAACUCUUCUCGAUGCCGUCAGAAGCUCAGGAAAUAUGGAUGUUCAUGUACGAUCGGCAAAUUCUGAACGUAGCAAACGAGUCGUUCCAUUACAUACAUCCGUGGACGAAGAGACUGAAGCAAAUUUAUUAAAAUUUGUCAUGAACUUUUAUCAAUAUCCAAUAAAACGCACAGAAGUCAUGGAUCGAUUCAACGCCAACAUUCCGUAUAGUGGAUUAAAUUAUUCUGUGUCUCAAGAUACAUUAUUUGCUGAGAAUAAAGAAAGAUUAAUCACGGCUGCUUUGCAAGCACUUUCAGCAAAAGACACAGAUCCAAAUGCACUGCAAUUAACGAAUUUAGAAUUGGAGUCGAGCUUUCAUGUUUUGAGGAGAUUAUUAGCUAGUAAAGUUGGAUUUGCUGCUUUUACAAACUUGACAGGUUUCCGCGAAUCGAUGGGAACAAAAGUAGUGAAUUCAUUAAAGAGAAAUGACUUGGCUGUAACGUAUGCUGCCAUUGAUAUGGUUAAUUCAUUAAUGCACUCUAUGCAUUCUGAUUAUGAUCUAAAGCAAGAGCAAUUAAACAAAUCAUCAUUGCUUCAAUCAAAGCCAUUUUUAGAGAGUUUAUUAGACAUGUGGACACAACAUAUAACACUUGGAAGUGGUGCUUUAGUAAUAUCAGCUAUGCUUGAUUUUCUUACAUUUUCUUUAUGCGUCCCAUAUUCGGAGACAACUGAAGGUAAACAAUUUGAUAUUCUUCUUGAAAUGGUUGCAUCACGAGGACGUUAUGUCUAUAAGCUAUUUCAACAUCCUUCGUUGGCAAUUGUCAAAGGAGCUGGUUUAAUAAUGAAGGCAUUAAUUGAAGAGGGAGAUGUGACAGUUGCGAAACAAAUGCAAAUACUGGCAUUAGACGAGGCUGCAUUAUGCAGACACUUACUUAUUGCAUUAUAUACGCCUUCAAAUGAUUCCACAAUGGCGACUCAUCGACAGAUAUCAAAACAAUUGAUUAAUUUAUGGGUGAAUGAGAACGAUGAUGCAUUAGCACUGCUUGCUAGAAUUUUCCCUCAAGGUCUCUUAAUGUUCCUCGAGUCUAAAGAUGCUGUUCCAAAAGAGGCAGAAGAAGCGGAUAAAGUUAAUUUCCGUGAUAAUCUUAAGUUAGCAUCACAACAUUCCAGUGGCAAGAACGUCCGAUUAAAUUAUCUAAUUGAGAAACAUUUGGAAGGAAUUAAGCAUUGGGGUAUGUCCUUAUUUGAUUUGGAGAAACUUCAGCAACAACAGAAGCUUCAAAAUCGUCCAGUUGUAUUGAGAAAUCGUCGUCAACGAAAAAGAAAAGGAGAUGGAGUAUUCAACUUGCCAUUAUUCUUCUUUCAGUUCCAUAAAAAUCACAAUAUGCCUAAUUUAAUUUGGAAUCAUAAGACGAGAGAAGAACUGAGAAGUGCAUUAGAAAAUGAGUUAAGACAAUUUCAGACAGAUAAAGAUUUAUCAGGAAAUAUGCUCGUUGCAUGGAAUUUCGAAGAGUUUGAAGUCAAAUAUAAUUGUUUAGCUGAUGAGAUCAGAAUUGGAGAUUUUUACAUUAGAAUGUUACUUGAGAAUGAAGAUUGGCCACAUAAUUUAAUUAAGAAUCCAAUAGAAUUGUUUAAUGCAAUUUAUCGUAAAGUUCUCGCCCGAAAUCGUGUUAAUGAUGAUCAAAUGACAAUAGUAGCAUUGCAGGCACUAGCAAAAGUUUAUCAAAAGUAUCAUGAAGAGAUAGGAUAUUUUAGUGAUAUAACAUACAUUCUAUUAAUGUUGGACAAAACAUUAUCGCCAUCGUUACGAGAUGCAUUGAUAGGCUUUAUAAAAUGUCUUGUGUCACACAAGGCAAAUUGCCGUCCUCUAUUGGAUUAUAUAAGUUGCUUAAUUGACCUUAUUACAUUAUCGCAUUUACAUAAGGGAAAUGUUGUUCCUAAUACGAAGACAAAUGUAAUUGAUUGUGGUGAUAUGAAGAUUAUUGAGGAGAAGGAUUGGUAUUAUAAUAUCGAAAAAGAUAAAGAAAAUGAGAAGCCAGAAAGGUGUGGACCUGUAACCUUUUCGGAUGUAAAAUCACUUUACAGUAAGGGCAUUAUAUCACCACGAACACGUUUAUGGGCAAUUGGAAUGGAUGGAUGGAGAUCAUUGCAACAAAUUCCACAAUUAAAAUGGUGCUUAAUGGCAAAAGGUCAACCUUUAUUAAAUGAGAUUGAUUUGUCAACAGAAAUAUUAGAAAUUCUGAUAAAAUGUACUAGUUUCUUUCCAAGUCGUGCACGUGAUGGCGAAGCUGUAUUAGUUCCUGGUCCGAGAAUCUCUCGACGACUCUCUGAAUUCAUUUGUUUGCCACAUAUUGUUCAAGUAUGCUUAACACAUGAUCCACGACUCGUUGAGCGUGUAGCAUCACUUUUAUGUCAAAUCAUGUGCGAUAAUCCUGAAAUAACAAAAGUCUAUCUAACUGGAGUAUUUUAUUUCAUGCUAAUGUACACGGGCAAUAACAUAUUACCCAUUGUGAAGUUUCUCAAGAUGACUCAUAUGAAACAAGCAUUUCGUAGUGAUGACUCUUCAACGUCCGACAUAAUGCAUCGUAGUAUAUUAGGUCAAAUGUUGCCCGAAGCCAUGGUGUGCUUCUUGGAGAAUUACUCAGCUGAAAAGUUUGCAGAAAUUUUUCUCGGUGAAUUCGAUACGCCUGAAGUCAUUUGGAGCUCAGAGAUGCGACGGAUGUUAAUUGAAAAAAUUUCAGCACAUAUUGGUGAUUUUAUACCGCGCUUAAAGGGACACACAAUGGCUAGAUAUCCAUACUUGGCAAUUCCCGUUAUUAGCUAUCCACAACUUGAGCGAGAACUUUUCUGCCAUAUCUACUAUCUUCGACACUUGUGUGAUACUCAAAAGUUUCCGAAUUGGCCAAUUCAGAAUCCUGUUUUAUUGCUGAAGCAUACACUCGAUGCAUGGCGAAAAGAAGUAGAAAAGAAACCGCCACAAAUGACUGUAAAGCAAGCAUAUGAAAAUCUCGGUAUUGAUAUAGAAAAACAUCCACAGCCGGAGGAAGCUUUAAUACGUAAAAGUUAUUAUCGUCUCGCUCAACAAUAUCAUCCUGAUAAGAAUCCAAAAGGCAAAGACAUUUUUAUGCGCGUUAAUCAAGCUUAUGAAUUUUUAUGCUCUCGAACAUCGUGGACGACAGACGGUCCAAAUCCACACAACAUAUUCCUCAUUCUUAAAACGCAAAGUAUUCUCUUCGAUCGUUAUGCACGAGAAUUGAAGCCAUACAAAUAUGCUGGAUAUUCACAAUUAAUUGCAACAAUAAAACUCGAAACAAAAGACGAACAGCUAUUCUCAAAAGCUGUUCCAUUAUUGAAUGCUGCAUCAGAAUUGUGCUAUCAUACGGUUCAUUGUUCGUCACUUAAUGCCGAAGAGUUGAGACGAGAGGGCGGAUUAGAUGCUCUACUUGAUGCAUACUCAAGAUGUGUCUCAAUCAUGAGUUUAGACUCAAAUCCUUCGGAUUUGCAUUACCAAAUUAUAUCAAACGUCACAAAAUGCUUUGAAGUUGCGUGCACGUUCGAGAAAUGCAAGGAGAAAAUUAUUGAGCUGCCGGAACUGAUUGUCGAUGUUUGUCGUAUUGUGUACUUUAAGCACCCUCUCUCCAUUAAUUUGGUCACGAGUCUCGCUGCAAAUAACUACCAGCUGCAAUGUGAUCUCAUCCGGAACGGUGUGCUUUGGUCGAUACUACUCUUUAUGUUUGAAUAUGAUUAUACUCUUGAGGAAAGCGGUGUGGAAAUUGAGGAGAAAAGUAAUAAGCAGCAAGUUGCGAAUAAUCUUGCAAAAUCUUCUGUGAUUGCAUGUGUGGCACUUUCUGGAUAUAAUGUGGUAUUUAAAGCGGAAGAGAAGGAAAUUGAAGAACCGACCGAGUCAUCUGAGACAUCAUCAUCAUCAACAACGCCAACAACAACGACUACAGAACGUCCAAAGGAGAUACAGGGCAAGACAGAAUAUGUUGGAACGACACAGCAAGCAUCCAACAUGUAUACAUCAAAUGCAUCGAAUAUUUUACAAAAUAAUCAGAGUUUGGCAGUGGCUGGAAAGAAUGAGAAUCCACCGUCGCCAGGUGAGGAUGCUGUAAGCGAGAAUGAAUCAAAUGGCAAGACUGUAUCAAAGAGCUUUAGUAAAUACACUGUUAGUGGAACGGCAAAGAAUAUUGUUGUCAAGAGUAUUUUAGAUAUCCUUUUAACACCAUUCAUUUCAAAUAAGCUCGCCGUCGAUGCUGAGCAUGAAGUUUUAAAAAUAUUGACCCAAAAUACACGUAAUCCAUAUUUGAUUUGGGAUAAUGCAACACGAUCACAAUUAUUAGAUUUCCUCGAGCAUCAACGUCAGAAUAGCUCUAAGGAACAAUAUUCAGACAUAACUGAUAUUUAUAAUACAAUAUCAAAAUUCAUUUAUGAUGCAACGCGUGACGAGCUUAAAAUUGGCGGUGUUUAUAUUCGUAUUUAUAAUGAGAUGCCCACAUUUCCUAUCCAAAAUCCAAAGAUGUUUGUGCUCGAUUUAUUGGAAUAUUUGAAACAAGCUCACAUGUAUUUAAAUGGCAAGAAAAUCAUAAAUAAUCAACAGCCAUUUAAUCAGACAAGUCCACAAAAAUUACCUGGACAGUUACCAAAGCCAUUAAUUCCAACGCCCGUGAAGAAUCCAAAUAAUCAACAGAAUAUUGACAACAUCCUCAAUGACUAUAAUCGAUCAAAGAUUAAGCAUCAGUUGGAAAAGAAUGAAAAUGGAACAUCCAAAAUUAAUUAUGAUUUCGCGAGUGAUCAAAAGUUUGUGGACCAUCUUAUAAUGACAUUGAAUUCACUCGUUUCUGUGAUAAAGCUCAAUCCAAACGUUGAGUUACAGUGCAUUGGGAAUUUUGAUAUCUUAUUUGGAUUGCUAAAUACGAAUAUUAAGGAGCAGAAUCAAACAAUCAAGACAUUGGCAUUGGAGGUAAUCUCACUGCUGUCAAGAAAUAAGGAAUGUGUAACAGAAAUAUCAGCGUGUGAAAUUUUGGGACAAUUCUUGCGAAUAAUGAAGGACGACGAUUUCCAAAAGCAACGAGUUCUAGAUACACUAUCGGGAUUAACGAAUGCUCCGCAAUUAGUGAAAGAAGCUCACUCAAAAGGCGUCGUUAUCUACCUUCUUGAUCAAUUUUGCAAUUCAAAUAACGGUCAGAUUCGUGAAACAAGUUCCGAAUUAUUAGCAAAGAUGACGGCUGAUAAAUUAAGUGGUCCGAAAAUCAGAAUUACGGUCCAAAAGUUUCUGCCGGCAGUUUUUCUUGAUGCCAUGAUUGAUUCACCGUCGAUUGCUGUUCAGAUGUUUGAGAGUGAACAUGAACACCCGGAAUUAAUAUGGAAUGAAAAAGUACGUAAUCGAGUCUCGCAAAUUGUAAGAAGAAUGGCUGAAGACUUUUCACAGAAACAACAAACCAGUCCAGAAUAUCAAUGGAAAGAUCCAGACAUGCUUCAAGAAAUCGCAACAAAUGAACUUGUCGUUUCCGGCGUUUAUCUACGUCUUUAUGCUUCAAAUCCUGGCUGGACAUUGCGCAAACCACGUCAAUUCUUAUCAGAUUUAUUGGACUUUAUAGUCGAGAAUGCAACGCGUCCAGGCACGUCGAAAGAUAUUUUAGAUACAUCAACAUCAGCACUUGUUGGACUUUUAAAUACUUCACCGCAUUUAGCUGAUGCAGUUCCUGUUCUCGGACAUAUUCCCAAAUUAUUUAGACAACUCAUUGUUCAGCCAAAAAGCACAUUGCCAGUUAUUCAUCAGUUGGCUUUAUCAGAGGUUUGUGUAGCUGCAAUAGCUCAAACGGAAUGCAUUUUGUCGCUUAAAAAAUGCAUGGAGAAUGAGAAAGACCUGAUUGCAACAUGCUGUGAGACGUUAACGAGAUUAUUUAAAUGUCAACAUGAUUCUUUAGUUCGUCAAUCGUUGGAAUGCAUGUUGAUACAAUAUUUACUCAAUUUACUCAAAUCUCGUGCAAAUUUGACCAAUAAUCCUGCAACAGUUAUUGCACAGAUUGUGUCGGCAUUGAAAACAAUGGCUCAAAAUCUGAAUUAUGGUGACCAAGUUUUGCACAUUCUAAAUUCGGAUCCUAUUUGGGCGGAAUUCAAGGAUCAAAAUCACGAUUUGUUCAUAAUGGACACGCAUAAGAGAGGCAUGAUUACUGCGGGAACAUCUAAUACAAUUGCUGGUUAUUUGACACAAGCACCGAAUAAAAAGAUUGAAGUUGUCAUGACUCCGCCACCGAUAGAUCGAGACGAUGUUACAGGAUAUCCAACUGAGGAACCAUAAUAAAAUUUCUCACACUUGAGCAUGAAAAGUGCUUGAAGGCAUUUUCUUUAUUAAAAGGAAUUUUUUGAUGAUUUGAACAAAAACAACACGUAAUAAAUGUUAAGACGUAUCCAGCAGUAGCCAAAAGCGUAUUUUUGGUGGCUAUAUCAAUUUUUAAAGUUAAUUAUCAACGGUUUUCUUGAGAUUCAAAAUUCGUAGCGAUUUUUAAAAUUUGUAACGGAUUUUUGAGAUUCAAAUGAACUGAAAAGAAAUGAACUUUCCGUUAAUUCAUCCAAAUCAGGCUAAAUGCUUCAUUAACAGCACAUUCGCUGGUCAAAAAUGCGUAAUUAAUGGAUAUAAAAAAAGAGAAAAUAAAGGCCACAGAAUUGAGAGUUAUAAAAGAAUUCGUAAAAUUAAUGCAAUUAAACUAAAAUUACGUACUACUUCUCAUCCACAUCAUCCUUACACAUUAUCAUUACACAUACACGGCAAGUCUGAGUUUAGAGAAAUGAAAAAUAAAGUUUAAAAACAAAAAAAUCUUUUAAAUUGACACGCAAAAAAUAUGAAAAAUAAAUUAUAGCGAAAUAUUUAAAUAAAAUAUACAUCAGAGUCAGUCGUACAGGAAGACAUGAUUAUAAUAAACAGUUUGUAUAUUUUUUUGUGAGGCGUGAUAUCAUCAAAAACAACCAAUUUAUGAUGUACGCGAAAAAUAUUCAUUUUUUCUUACUUUAAGUUUUUUGCUUAUUAAAAUGAAAACUAUAAAACUCAUAUUUAAAAUUUAAUUACCUAUAUAUUACAGCUGGAAAAAAAUUAUAUGUUAUUAUGAUUAAUAAUUUUCAUUCUACAGUAUGUGAUACAAAAAAUUGCUACUAUACAUACACCAUAAAAAAACAUAUUAUCAAAAUAUU